AUGUAUGACGACCAGAACUCAGAAGGUGGGCCCAAAGGGACAUAUGAGACGUACAAAGCGGAAGGUGACAAUUUAUACAAACAGGGAGAAUACAGAAAAGCUAUCGAGAGUUAUAACACGAAAAAGAGCAAGAAGCCAACAUUUGGCUAUGCCAAGCCUGCGGUGCAGAAACAACAGGCAGCCAAGCGUGAACCCAAGGGGGCAAGUGGCAGUGAGAAGACAGAGAAACAGCUGCUGGGAGAGCUGUACGGAGACAAGCAAUUCCUGGAGAAACUGCUGAAAGAAUAUGACUCCAAUACUCAGAGGGGCAAAGAGAUCAAUAACCUAGUUAUCAACUGUCUGGACUACCUCAGUGAUCGCAGAGAAUUCUGGCGCCAGCAGAAACCUAUCUACGCACGCCAGUCAGAGAAGAGGAAGGUAAUGGGAGGGGCAGUUGGACAGUCCAAGAGCAAUUACAAUCAGUACAUCAUUAAGGAGCUCGAAAAAAUAGAUGAAGCACAAGCCAAUGGCAGGUUUGAGGAGAGUUUACGUAUGUCUAACAAGUGCCUGAAGACGGUGGAAGGUUGGUCUGAUGAUGCAGUUAGCAACAGACAUGAGGUGCUGGCAAAUCUCUACAGUGCUAUGGGGAAUGCCUACCUUGAGAUGGCACAGUUUGAAAAAUCUCUACAAUAUCACCAAAAAGACCUAGAUAUAGCUAAUAAACAUGAUACGGAGCAUUUAAAGUCCAGGGCCUUGGACAAUCUUGGCAGAGUGUACGCCCGGUCAGGGAAAUUCCAGGAUGCGGUUAAUGUAUGGACAGAAAAAUUACCAAUGAGUAAAUCAGCACUGGAGAGCACGUGGCUCUUCCACGAGAUAGGCCGGUGCUACCUGGAGAUGGGCAAGUUUGAGGAAGCCAAAGAUAAUGGAGAAAAAUCUAUGGCAGCUGCUGAAGAGGCUCAGGAUAAUGUGUGGAAACUAAACGCUAGUGUGCUGAUAGCUCAGGCUGAAGUAAAAUUGGGAAGUUAUGAAUCUGCACAAGAAGCAUUUGAAAGAUCUCUUGACAUGGCAAAAUUACAAGGUGACACAGCAGCAGAAAAUGCAAUUAAAAAAGCUCUAGAAGAUGUGAAUGCAAAAAUAGUCAGUGGUCUCAAGGGGGAGUCAGAGACAGAACAGACUGAAGAGGCAGCACCUGCUGAACAAAGCCAAGAAGAGGCAGAACCAGCAGCUGAAGAUGGUAAACCCACCCCCUCUGAUGCUGAGGCAGCUGAUGAGGAGUACAGCGAGGAUGAGGUGGAGGAGGAGGAGGAAGUCGAGGAGGAGGAAGAAGAAGAGGAUAAUUAAGAAAAAUAGAACACAUUGAUAGAUUCUGUCUUGCAACAAUGUUUGUACUGCAUGUUUAUACUAACAAACUGCUCACAGGAUUAAUGGUAUCCAAGCCAAGGAAAUGAUGGAUCACCAUGGGAGGCUGCCAUGCAGCCAUUGAUUUGUGAAGAUGUUGAUGGAGAAAAAAAUUAAUUUUUAAUCCAGUGAUGAGGUAUCACACUCCAGCGACAGUACCUUUGCAACUGUUGUGUUCUGUAUUCUGACCUACUGCAUAUUUUAUUUUAUUAUUUUUCCAGUGCAUUAGAUGCUUUUUCUUUCUUCUUAAAUGUGUAAAACUUAUCUCUAACUACUCUCAUGUACUUAACCACUUAUUAUGUUUGUUCCCAUCUUUCAGCAACCUCAACCGACACAAGUGUGCAUAAGCUGAUAAAUCCAUCAAUCCUUUGUUUAUAUUUUCCAGUUUCAAACAUAUUCCUGGUGAUAUUUAUACUUAUCCAUAUAUGUAUCUACUUCCAAGCAAUAUACUUGUAGUUGAAUUAUGUCUGUGUGACUGCUUGUUUUAUAGUUAAAUUGAUCCUCUCCUCGCAACCCCUCACCAUUUCCUAGUGUCCUAGAUCAGGUGAUGGAUGGCCCAGCAAAA